GGGAACGCCAACAUCGAGUUGGCGGAGUUGCUGAAGCAGCUGAGAGAGAGCGGCGGCCAGGUGCAGACGGUGAGCAUCAACUUCCCAGACCCACACUUGCUCCCGCCCGAUCGAGAUCGGCGGGUGGUUCGCGGGUCGCUUGUGGAGCUCCUGGCGCAGCACUUGCCUGCGGAGGCUGAGGUCCUCUUCCAGUCCGACCUGGCUCUCUUGGUCGACGAGGCCCGCUCUGCCUUCAGCCUCCACGGCUGCUUUCGGGUCACCCCAUGGGUGCGCGAGGAGAUGGGAGGGGAAACUUACAGGCGAAGCCUCCAUCCGGCACAGGACCUUGUGGCCACUGAGCGGCAGAAGGUCGCACGGCUGGAGCGCUCCCGAGCACUGCCUGCCCACAGCUUGGAGCAGGACGUGGACAAGCUUCUUGAGGAGAUGCGGGCCUCUUCCUAA